AUGUCAACAUCGCCGUCACCCCCACCAGCUGCGCUCCCGAUUCCUACGAUCCAGCCACAACAGCAGCCCGCCUCUGUAUCGUCGUCUUCGUCACCGCCACCAUCGUUGUCAUCCGGAAUCAUCAGCACCACCACCACCACCGCGUCAUUGACGGCAAUGGCAGCCGCCGCCGCAGCAGCAGCAGCAGCAUCACUAUCAUCGACAUUGGUUUCUCCUACGUCCUCGGCAGCAGCACCGGCACUAGCAGCAGCACUGAUGAUGUCCUCGCCAUCAUCACCACCAUCUACGUCUCCGUUGCUACUGCAGCAACAGCAGCCGGGCAUUUUUGGGCUGCGAGCCUCAAGAGGAGGCAGAUCGUCGUCUCCGUCUUCUUCAUCGCCGGCUCGCAGCACAUCGGCCGGCAACUGGCAGCAACAACCACAGCCACUCUCCUUAUCGGCACAUCCAUCACCUAACGUAGUGCAAUCGUCAGCGGCAGCAGCAACGUCGUCACUGCUGAUCACUCACCUGAAGAGCAGUGGCAAGAUCGCCUCCAUCGCACCAUCAUCCUCAUCGUCGUCGUGCACGUUAGAUCGCCAGAUCGAUGGCCAGGACGAAGGUGAGCUGCAGCUGAAGGCGAGUGAUGAAGUUCCCAUGGUGGUGGUCCCGAUCGUCGCCAUGCCCACGGGCAUUCACGGGCGACCGAAAGCGGCACCACCUAUCGUCAGCGUUGUGAACGAUAUCGCUGCCGGUUUGGCGAAUGCCGUUGCUGCCGCCGUAGCCGACGCAGUGACGGUGGCCACGAUCGGUCGGAAUUCGAAUGCCACCGGCGCUGCCGCUUCUCUCAAUCUCGCCAGUAAUAACAACAGCUUUUCCCAACUGCGUCAACAGUUGGAACUGGGCACCGGCACGGAAGUUUUGACAGUCCAACCACCAUCGUCAUCGGCACCACCUCAUAAGCAGCAGCAGCAACAGCUAGCACCAGCAUCACUGCAGAGCAACAACAGCCAUUUGAAACAGUUUCUCAGCACCAGCAGCAGCACCCACCGCAGAGGAGGUGUGCAGCAGCCAGCCCAAUUGGCGCAACAUCACCAUCAUCAUCAUCACCAUCACCAUCACCUCCAUUCUCAGUUGAGACGCCAGAUCAUGUCACCGACCGGAGGUUGUGGCGAAGAAGAAGUUAGUGUCACGCCCGCUGCCAACUCGUUCGCAAAUCAGCAGUCCAGCGGCAACGGUAGUGGCGGCGCUGCACUCGAAACCAAUCCUUGGUAG